GGAGAGCUGCAGGAACUCGCGGUGGGUGCCUUGGUGGUGACUGAGUAUCCCUGGUGAUGGGGACAGCACCUUUCAGGGGCUACAGGCAGAGCUGGGACUUCAGGCUGGUUUUCGAACCACUGUCCUGCUCCCUGUGCUCCUGGCUGCUCUCUGCUCUUCCAGGUCCCCGGCGCAGGCGUGUGCCCGUGGUCUCCUCGUGGGGAGGAUGACGGCCAAGAGCAAUGGCCUGCACCGCUCCCCGGCCGCCCUCAGCCCCUGCCUGCCUGCCCCAGCCGGGCCUGACAAGGACGGGACGGAGCUCAGCACCAGCAGGACCUGCUCCACCCAGGAUGAGGCCUCCUCGGAGCUGCAGAGAGGGACUACCCCGGCCGGGGGGGAGCAGCCGGCUGCCCCCGCUUUCCAAGGCAGGCGAGCUCUGGCCAGGAUAGUGCGGCUGGUGCUGGUGCUGAGGGACUGGGCCAGCAAGAGCUUGCACGAGGAGCAGCAGAGGCCUGACCCCUUCCUCGAGCGCUUCCAGGGCCCGGAGCUCCAGAUGGUGGCUGCAGAUGCCAGCAGCGAUCCAGAGGAUGAGGAGACCGAGGAGAAAAGCAAAAAGAAGAAAUGGCAGAUCUUUGUGGUAGACCCUGCGGGGGACUGGUAUUACCGCUGGCUGGCUGUCAUUGCUGUUCCUGUCCUCUAUAACUGGUGCUUGCUGGUGGCCAGGGCUUGCUUCAGUGACCUACAGAAGACCUACAUUGUCCUCUGGCUGGUGUUGGACUACAUCUCAGACACUAUCUACAUAGGGGACAUAGUGAUCCGCCUGCGCACAGGCUUCUUGGAACAGGGCCUCCUGGUUAAGGACCCGAAGAAGUUACGGGAUAACUACAUCCACACCUUACAGUUCAAGCUGGAUGUUCUCUCCAUCCUGCCCACAGACCUGGCCUACUUUGCUGUGGGGUUGCAUCGUCCUGAACUGCGAUUCAACAGGCUGCUGCACUUCUCCCGCAUGUUUGAGUUCUUUGACAGGACGGAGACCAGAACCAGCUACCCCAACAUCUUCCGCAUCUGCAACUUGGUUCUUUACAUCCUAGUCAUCAUCCACUGGAAUGCCUGCAUUUAUUAUGCCAUCUCCAAGGCCAUAGGCUUUGGGGAGGACAGCUGGGUCUAUCCCAAUGUCACAGACCCCGAAUACGGGUAUCUCACCCGGGAGUAUGUCUACUGUCUCUACUGGUCUACGCUGACUUUGACUACCAUUGGAGAAACCCCGCCCCCUGUGCGUGAUGAAGAAUACCUUUUUGUGAUCUUUGAUUUCCUCAUUGGUGUCCUCAUCUUCGCCACCAUUGUGGGGAACGUGGGAUCCAUGAUAUCCAAUAUGAACGCCACCAGGGCAGAGUUCCAGGCAAAAAUUGAUGCCAUUAAACACUACAUGCAGUUCCGCAAGGUGAGCAAAGACAUGGAAACUAAAGUCAUCAAGUGGUUUGACUACCUGUGGACAAACAAGAAGGCGGUAGAUGAACGAGAAGUCCUCAAGAAUCUCCCUGAUAAGUUAAGGGCAGAGAUUGCCAUCAACGUUCACCUGGAGACACUGAAAAAGGUGAGGAUUUUCCAGGACUGUGAGGCAGGUCUACUGGUGGAGCUGGUGCUGAAGCUUCGCCCUCAGGUGUUCAGCCCAGGGGAUUACAUUUGCCGUAAAGGAGAUAUCGGGAAAGAGAUGUACAUCAUCAAGGAGGGGAAGCUGGCUGUGGUGGCGGAUGAUGGAACAACACAAUAUGCUUUGCUCACUGCGGGAGGCUGCUUUGGCGAGAUCAGCAUCCUCAACAUUAAAGGGAGCAAAAUGGGCAACAGGCGCACAGCCAACAUCCGUAGCUUGGGCUACUCUGAUCUUUUCUGCCUGUCAAAGGAAGAUCUGAUGGAAGCAGUCACAGAGUAUCCUGAUGCUAAAAAGGUCUUGGAGGAGCGGGGCCGGGAGAUCCUGACCAAGGAAGGGCUGCUGGAUGAGUCAGCUGCAGAGGCAAGCAUGGAAGGGAAGAGCGUGGAAGAGAAGCUGGACAGGCUGGCCUUGAACCUGGACACUCUUCACACCCGCUUCGGCCGGCUUCUGACAGAGUACAAUGAUGCCCAGAUGAAGCUCAAGCAACGCAUCACUGUUCUGGAGUCCCAGCUGAGGCAGCAGGAUCUGGAGGACUUCUUCUCGGAUAGCUCAGACAGUCUGCCUUAGGCUAAGGAAGAAGCUACACCUGGUGGGAUGCAGUGCAGGGGCGCAGAGGCCAGCUAGGUGAUGUCUCGCCCUGUGUGAGACGUUAUUUCACAUGGCAGUGCCUCUGGCUGCGUUGCCUGGACUUCCCUCAGGUCCUUAGCGCUGCUGCUGCCACUGCCUCAGUGGCAGCUCAGAAGGUGGCUCCAAAUCCGGUGUCUGUCCUAGCUCCUCCUCAGGCCUGUCUCUGUUUUCAUUGCCUUGAUGUGAGACCUUGGGCUUGGAUCAGUACAAAGAGGGGAAUGGCUAAUGUCACUGCUACCACUUCCUCCCAGCUUAGCAAAUGGCCUCUGCCCAGCUCAAUUCCCUCUUACCACUUGCCUUAACAGGAGGUGGGACGUGACCUUUGCUGGGGGUGUACCUGGAUGUGCUGCCCUCCCGUGUGUGUCAGGGAGAUCAGAAUCACGGCACACACAGCCUGCCACGUGCCACCCACUUGUCUGCACCAGGGCAGGGGAGGCAGUCUAGAUACUGCAUUCCCUGCAGAUAACAAAACCACCCCACCGAGAGAGACCAAAUCACAGGCCAAAUAUUUACAAAGGCAUUUUAGGUCUGGCUUUUAUAACUCACUUCAUGUAAAUACAGCAUCUCCACUGAGUGCCGGCAGACACCCGGUCCGCACGGAGUGACUCCGUACCCGCAGGACACCCAAACUUAGCUAAGAAAGCCCAAUCUGUGCCUCUUACAUCUGCAAAUGAGGAAGCUUGUCUGGGUCACCGUGACUCCAUAGGUCAUCUCCACCUCCUACUCCGAGGAUGGAUAUCCAGCUGGAAGGGCAGGCAGCUGCUCUGCCCACCACUCUUCUCCCUUCUGCUAUAUUCAGUGCUUGAGCUGUCCAAUUGCCCUGGCACGAGCAGCUGGGUACUCUGCACCACGCUUUCCUGGGGGACAGCAUUCCUGAGCCCUCCUGCUGCAGAGCUGGGGUGAUUUCCUUUUGGACUGUGGAGGACUCAGAUGACAAGUACAAUACGGAGGUAGAGACCUCUCCUUGCUGAACGACGAUGUCUGUUACGCCAUGUGCAGAAGGAAGACAGUAACUGUCUCUCUCAUCUCUCUAAUGACGGCUAGAUGUGCCAGGAAGGGUUUGGCUGAAAUGACACGCUCUUUAGGAACAAAGCAGUGAUGGGACCCAACUGUGCCCGUAUUUGCUUUACCGUUGGUAGCUCGGAAAGAGCGCAGAACACAUUUAUUUCCUUCGGCAGGAGGUUUUCUUGAACUCGGUGGGAGUUUUGGGGCCUUGCAGGCCAGUUGCUGACUGUAGGAGAAAUGAAGGGUAGAGUUAUGGGGACGUGCCUGUAAGGGUGAAAACCUGGCACCAUCACAGCCACUGGCAAAGCUCUGCCAGGCAAAGCCCCAUGGGCUCCGUGGUGCAAGCAACUUGUUGGCAAGAGCGCACUGCAGGAAGGGCCACCAAAUCCCUGCAAACUCCCUUGCACAGCAUCCUUAGCAUUAAUUCUCCCUGUGCCUAUGCCCUAAUGGGUGCUGUGCAGGUGCUGGGACUGGGGGAUGCAACCUCCCUGCUUGCUCACCGUGACUGCAUGCACACCUCUGGGACCUCCUGCUCCUGCCCGCUGGGUCCAUGGGGUGGGCUGGUUUACAAGGAGAAGGAAGUUCAAUGCAGAAGGGUAUCUGGGGGAAAUUCGUGCUCUGGGCCAUACUCAGCCCAUAGUUUGGCUAAAACAAUGGGGUGGUGUGGGAGCAUAUCAACCCCGAAAGGCCCAUGGUGGAAAACUGUGAGUAUUUGCCUUGUCCUUUCUUUUCCCUCCAAAAUGAGACUGCCUUUCUUAGUUAUGGGUGAGGAUUUUCUGUUUAAAAUGAAACGCCCUUGCUUUUGGGAUCGCUGGGCGAGGGAAGGUUAAAUUACCAGCAUUAGAAGGUGGAGCGGGAUCAAAACUCCUUUGCUGCCCGUCACCGAAAUGUCAGGCUUUUCCGUUUAAUUGGUACCCAGGCGGGUUGGGCUGGAGACGAACCGGCUCCUGCUCUGCCUUUUCCCUCUCUUGACACCGGGAUCUCCCCGUGCCGUGUCCCGGCGCUGCCGGGCUGGCCGCGGGGCUGCAGCCCGAGGAUGCCGGCACGGGGCCGGGAGAGGGAGCUGUGAACCGCGGAACCGGCAGCAGCUCCCAGGCAUUGCCCUGCCACCGGCUGCGGGCACAAACACCCGGGGUUUUGCUCCUCUGCUGCAGGGGAGGAGGGUCUGCUGGGGGGCGCAGCCAGCCCCGGCUGGGUGCCCAGCUCCUGCCCCCGGCCUGGGGAGCUGCUGGCAGCUCGGGGGAUGUCCCGGCUUCUUCUGAGGCGGUGGGAGGGGAGAGAAAAAAUAAAUAAAGGGCAAAAAAACUCUUCCUUCCCCAGGUUUAAUCCGAGAUAAUAAUCCACUCGGGAAACUCGAAGCCUUCAGACCAAUUACCCCAGACGAUGGCUUUGCAAAUGCAGAGCAGAUCCCGCUUGUUUUCCUCGUGGCGGCAAGCCAGGAAAUCGUAGAUUGAUGAACCGCUUGAUGGGCCUGCUAAUGAAAUUAGCAGCAGCUCCAUGAUUUUUCCAGUGAGCAGGACAGGCAGAUGCCGGCGAGAAGCACACAAUGGCACAGCUGCGCUUCUGGGCUGCCUGCAUUCCCAGCGCGGUGGACACGGGGCACGGCAGAUGCAGCUCUGGGGCUGCCCGUUUUACAGGUGGCUUCAGCACGAGCCUCUGCUGCGUGAGGCUCGCCGGGAGAUGGGGAACAGGAGCUGCCAAAGGCUGCUCCUGCGGGCUGGCACCUGGGGGGACAAGCGGAGGGUGCAAGGGUCUGCUCAGAGCCCUGCAGAGUUCUGCCCCUGCACCGUGGUGCAUUAAGCUGCCUUGGCUUUAUAUUAUCAAUAUGUAUUUUUUUCUAGAUCUCUCUCAUUGCAAAAAAUAAUCCCCUGUACAAUGGAGGCUUUCUCAGUUGUGCACUGUGGGUGGGAGACAUCAAAUACGGAGCAAAUUCUGCAGUUUUGCCUCGAGAAAAGGCAGACUUGAGGGGAAGUGGGGGUGCCUCGCCAGGCAGCUGCCCCUUCCAGUGCCAUCGAGCCCGGGGAGCCCCCUGCCUUCUGCUGCAGCUUUCUGCAAAUCUGCUCCCAAAGGAGGGUGUAUCUUCAGCCCUAGCCUGCCUCAACCAGAGAUGCAGGAAAAAGACUGGGAUUUUCAGGUGAAUCAACCGUAAAUGCUCUGUGUGGCACUGGGCUUCCCUCCUCCUCUCUGAGCACCACUUCUAGGAAAGCAAUCAUCACUGGAUGAUACCCAGAAAAAGCUCUCUGGUGGGCCUCUGGGAAAUGUAAGGACACGUUUCAGAGCUGAGGGAAAUGGAGCCAUCUUGGCAGGACACAGCAGUGAUGACUCCUGCCUCCUGUCCACCUGCUUUUUGCCUUUCUUAAGCAGCUCAUGAAGAGCUGUGCCUGCUAGGGGCGCAGCUGAACUGGAGUCCCCUGAAGCUGCGAGCUCUGCCCAAGGGUCUCUGGUGGUGCUGGGCAGUGGGUGUGUUGUUUGCAGCCCCUGAUGGGUGUCUGCAGGCUUUUAAAAGAGAGAAAACUUCCUGAGAUGUUUUGGUGAGUCUUGUUUCGCUGAGGUUGGGUCUGCCCUUUGUUGUGCUUUCUCCCCUGCUUCUUCCCUGCUCAAACACCGGGGUGCUGCCGCCUCCUCGGUUAAACAAGCAGAAGUACCCGUUCCUCCCCGAAUCGGAGUCUGUGUUGCCAUGACAGCAGCUCAGGGUGAGCAGGAGGUGAAGGCACCGGAGUGGAGGUUAAGCCCCGGGAUGCCUCCCCGACACACUCCUCCCCUCGGCCCACCGCAUGCUGCUGGCCGGGGAAAAGAAGGUUCCCAAGGUACGAAGUUUGGGAGGAACUCCAGCACUCCUCGGAGGAGCUGUAAGGGCAUCUCCAACAGAAGUCCUUGCCCGCAGGAUCACCCUCCUGAGUCCUGUGGUGUUGCACUUGGGUGCCCUGCUCUGUGCGGCACCUGCUCGGUGUGUGGGAUCAGAGGGGCCGGGAGCUUCCACUAAUCUUAGAAAUACGCAGGGCGCACUGAGCUUGGUGAGUGUUGGUACGGAGCUAGGGGAAUGGCAAUCCUGGGGGCUUCUCUGGCAAAGAAGAG